CUAAUUGGAUUUCGGAUGAAAUGGCCAGUUCAGGUCAGCUGAGAGAAAGUAAAUCCCAAGAUCGGUUUGAUUACCUACAGGCCCUUGUUACUGAAUUUCAGGAUACCGAUAGUCAAGGUGACGCUGUUUCACCGAAGAUGGGAAGCGACCACUGAUACUUCUCCAGUCCGGCAGGUGUCGCUGCGGAAGGCUCGGGCCUGCUCGAUGAUUCGCGUCUCGGUUUCUAUGAACGCCGCCAUGGCCUUGGUAAUUGUCGAGGAUCCAGCCGUUCUGGGGCCUGGGCGGUAUGUCGGUGUUUUAAAGGAUAAUUGAACAGACCAUGUCCUCACAUUGCUGUAACACUGAUUAACUGACUUCUCUGGGGAAUGCUGCAGACGUCAAACUACAGCCUUGUGCUGACAAUACAGUUCACACUCAUGCUCUACGACUUGAUGUCCAAUUCCUUUUCUGAGCUUAUAUUCACAGAGCCAGUCAUCCCACUGAUAAUGUUCAUUAUUCAGGAUAUUGGAAUCCUCUUCAAUAUCAUCAUCAUCUUCCUAAUGUUUUUUAACACAUUCAUCUUUCAAGCUGGCUUGGUCAAAUUGCUGAUUCAUAGGUUUACUGGAACCAUUGCUGUUACUGGCAUUUACUUCGUUUUAAGUGUCUGUUUUCAUGUUUGGAUUCAGAAUCUGCGUUGGUUUAACAUGCGUGGGUAUGUGUGGACAAAUGGACUUCAAGCACUUUUCGUUUUCCAUCGGUUAGCUUCAGUUUUAUACUAUUAUUUCUACAAAAGAACUACCCUCUGCCUUGGUGACCCUCGAUUGUAUGAGGACUCAGAAUGGCUCCGAAAUGAAUUCUUCCGUGUCCGAAAAUAAAAUGGCAGAAUGACAAAUGUCGUGACGCAUUGCAUUACAAAUGGACAGUUACGUGUACAGAUUUGCAUCUGAGUAAAAAGACAUUUUUAAUUUACUAAGAAUUUUCUAGCGAUAUUUUUGAAAAAGUACUCUGGGGCUGCACUACACUAAAACUUGCAUAUUCUUCCUGAACUUGAGCAGUAUGAGGUGGAAAUUCUUUGAGCACUUUAGUGCUGAAUCAUUCAGUUGCCAUUUAAAUCUUUGUGUCAAACAAUUAUUAAUUUUGAUCAAAUCUCACCAAAUGUAUAUAUUUCUUUACAAAAGCAAGGCAUAACAGAUGCUGGAAAUCUGAAAUAACAUCAAGUAAUAGUGGAUUAGGCAGUAUCUGUAGAGAGAAGUGAAUUAAUGUUUCAGGACACUGACCUUCCAUCAAAAUUCAAUGAGCAUUAGAACACUUUGGAUAUUUUGUCAUCUACCGUUUUAUACUACUUCUCCCUGAAAAAUCUGCUACUGCAAAGAUGAAGUUCUGUGGCAUGAGUAGUUCUCCCAGUUGACUUUAUUCAUGUGUGAUCUAGAUGAGUAGAUGUCAUCGCUAUUUGAUUAUGGAGAGCAUGGUAAUAGGUGCUAUUUGUGAUUUCAUCUUUAAGAGGUGAAUUUAUAGUUUGAUAUUUACGGUUAAUAGUAAAUACUAAUUACAGUACAUCAUGAGAUGCCCAUUAGUUCUGAAUAGUUAUCAGAAUGGCAGAGCAAACAUUUUUCUUUACUUUUCUUUUACUAG